AUGGAUCAUUAUUCUGUACAAAUCCACUGUCAUCUCUGUGGAAAAUCGUUUCAGAAUCGAUCAGGACUCACCCAACAUCGCAAUUCGACCCAUGCCCAACCACCGACUGGCCCCGCUGCAAGGGAUCAUGAAGAUCCAGUCGAUCCACUGCAAGUACAGCAUGCAGACAAUGGUGACAAUGCCUUCCCUAAUGAAAUGCCGGCCCGGAGGGUUGAAGAUCGACAGGGCGAGCCAGCCGCGGCGCCGGUGAGGUGGACGCGCAGACUUCAUCCUGCACUGAACGCAUUGCCGUGCACUAGGGAUGGCAGUAAAUUCCUCGAGCUGGGAGCCCCACCGCCGCCACGCGACAAGCCCACUAAAGGCGACUGGGCUCCGUUUGGCUCUCGCCUCCAGUUUGAGGUGGCGGAGUUCCUGUACAAGAAGAAUCAGAUGUCGCAGAGAGACAUCAAUACCUUGAUGGAUCUGUGGGCCGCGUCGCUGGUCGAGUAUGGAGGCCAACCGCCGUUUGCGAAUUCCGCUAACCUCCUCGAUACGAUCGACGCAAUCGCGCUUGGUGAUGCACCUUGGUCGAAAAUUGAGCUCAGCUAUCAAGGACCACAGCCAGAAGGCGACGUACCAUCGUGGAUGACCGAGACAUACGUUAUCUGGAAACGAGACACCCGCACUGUGGUCCACUCGUUGAUCGACUGCGAGGACUAUAACGGCGACGGCGAGUUCAACCUUGUGCCGUAUCAGGAAGUGAAUGGACAAGGAGGACGACGACUCACCAACGUUUUAUCAGGCAACUGGGCGUGGAGGCAGGCCGACAGAAUCGCAGAAGAUCCGACGACCCACGGGUCGAUGUUCGUACCCAUCAUUGUGGGAAGUGACAAGACCACCGUGUCGGUUGCGACGGGGCAGAACGAGUACUACCCGCUUUAUGUCUCCAUCGGCAACGUUUCGAACAGUGUGCGGCGGGCCCAUCGCAAUGCAGUCCGUAUUGUUGCGUUUCUUGCCAUAGCCAAAUGUGAGAAGAAAGACAAGAAUAGCACCGCAUUUCGUACAUUCAAGCGUCAGUUGUACCACGCCAGUGUUUCUAUUGUUCUGGGCCCUCUCCGUCCAGCGAUGUCCACCCCGGAGGUCGUGCGCUGUCCUGAUGGUCACUUCCGCCGUACCAUCUACCAAGUGGGACCCAAUCUCAUGGAUUAUCCAGAGCAGGCACUGGCAGCCUGUAUUGUCGAGGGGUGGUGUCCUGUAUGUCCCGGACACUGCCACCACCUGGACGACGGUUUCACGCAGGGCCGCCGAAGCCAGGAGUUGACGGAGGAGCUCGUCCGACGUUUGGAUGCUAAGCAGCUAUGGGAGGAGUAUGGGAUUGUGGCGAACGUCAUUCCAUAUACGAACGACUUUCCGCGCGCUGACAUCCAUGAGAUAUUGUCCGGUGAUCUCCUACAUCAACUCAUCAAGCCCUUCAAGGACCAUGGUGUCGACUGGACCAUUGAGUAUUUGAAGAUUGAGUACGGAGAGGCGCGAGCGGCCGAGAUUCUGGAUGAGAUCGACAGACGAAUUGCUGCAAUGCCGCCGUUUGUGGGACUACGCCAUUUCCACCAAGGGCGGAAUUUCAAACAGUGGACUGGCGACGAUUCCCGCGCACUGAUGAAGAUCUGGCUUGCGGCUAUCAAAGGGCUGGUUCCACGCGAGAUCGUAUGCAUGACUCGCGAGUACCUAGAAUUUGCCUACCGAAUCCGGCAUCCAAUUCAAACGGAUACCAAACUCGAUGAAUGUGAGGCGCACCUUGCUCAAUAUCACCAUCACCGCGAGUUUCUCCGGCAUGCAGGGGUUAGGCCAGAGGGCUUCUCGAUCCCACGUCAACAUUCCCAUGGACAUAUGCCUCGUCAUACGUGGAACUUUGGGGCGUUGUAUGGCCUAUGUACGUCUCUCACAGAGAGCAAGCACAUCAAGGCGGUCAAGGAGCCGUGGCGGCGCUCAAACCGCUACCGUGCUCUCGGCCAGAUGCUCACGACCAAUCAGCGGCUUGACAAGCUCGCCGCGGCGCGUGUGGACUUUGCCGCGCGAGGCAUGCUCGAAGGUACCUGCUUACCCGCCGGGCCUGGCGCCGCGGAUGAUGCACAGAACAACGUGAAUCGCGCGGAUGGACGGGUAGCGGGGGCGGAUGACGAUGACGAUGAUGAGGGAGUUGUGGAGGGUCCGCCUGUCGAGGCAUUUGUUGUUCUGGCGCGUCAGCGAGCUAAGGGAUAUCCCAAAUUGCUAGGUGACCUUAGCGCGCAUAUUAGCCGUCCGGAGUUCACAACGUGCAUCGGACACUUCCUGGCUCAACAGCUGCACGAAGAUCCCGAAGACGAAGAUGUGCUAGCCACCUAUACCCUUCCAAACCUACGACUCUCGGUCUAUCCAUCGGCAGUCGCCACAUUCUACGCUCCAGCAGAUCCAUCUGGUCCUGGUGGGAUGCGUCGCGAACGCAUUCGAGCCACACCGUCUUGGCGGUCGGAAGGCGCACGCUACGAUUGCGCUUACAUCGUGAAGGACUCUGCUCAGGAAGGAUUUCGGGGUUUGGACGCCGUACGUAUCCGCCUUCUGUUCUCGUUCAAGUUCAACGGCAUCUUGUAUCCAUGCGCCCUCGUUGAAUGGUUCGAACCGAUUGGCGAUGAACCUGACGAAGAGACGGGAAUGUGGAUGGUCGAGCCAGAACUCGAUGCUGAUGCACGGCGACCCUGCCAGGUUGUCCAUCUGGACUCUAUCUUCCGUGCCGCGCAUUUACUACCCGUGUAUGGUGAAGACCCACUUCCUAUUGGUUUCCGCGCGCAGGACUCACUCGACGCGUUUCGUGCAUACCUUGUUAGCAAAUACGUUGAUUAUCAUGCUCAUGAACAUGUCUUUUAG